AUGGCUGGAACGUCGCGACGUCCGAGCUCAGAGCUCGGACCUGACCUGUCGUCCCCAACACCGCCGAAGAAGUCGAAAUUCGCCGAGGCGUCUGUCGAAGGAAGAUCCGAGAAGGAGCAUGAAUUGAGCACGGAGGAGUUGGAAAGUGUGGAGAAGUUGGCCAGCUCGGUGGCAGCCUCGUUAUCCGGGAACACCAUCGAACUGAUCCAGGGAGAUUCCUCCGAGACGACGAAUCCUUUCGAGAUCAGCGAGGAAUCGUUGGACGGUACGAAACAGCUGAUCCAGACGAGUUUAGAGGGGCCGGGGAAAGUUACGGCUGGCUCCUCGAAGGAGGGACACUUCGGCAGCUUCGAAACGAUCGUACAAAUGAAGUACAGCGGCCAGGAGGAACUUUCUGGUAGCUCUAGCAGGAGAUCGGAAAGUGAGAGCGACGCGCAGAUUCAGACUUCUUUGCUGGAAUCGCGCGUAGGUGCGUCGUAUCAGGAGUUGUCUUUGAUCGGUAACGGCGCUUACGGCACCGUCUACAAGGCGAAGGAUUUGAACACCGGGCAGGUGGUAGCGUUGAAAAAAGUUAGGGUACCGUUGACCGAAGACGGUCUGCCUACCUCCACGUUGAGGGAGAUAGCUACAUUGAAACAGCUCGAGAGAUUCGAGCAUCCGCACAUUGUGAGAUUAUUGGACGUUUGCCAAGGAAACUAUCUUCACUUACCUUCGGCCGAUGGGGGGUCGGAGAGGCAGGAUCGAGGGCUGACGUUAUGGUUGGUGUUUGAACACGUGGAAAGAGAUCUAGCGUCUUACAUGUCCUCGUGUCCACGGCCAGGUAUCCCGCCUCAUCUGGUAAGGAAGAUGUCGAAGGAGAUACUGAAGGGUGUGGAAUUUUUACACAGCCAUAGGAUUAUACACAGGGAUUUGAAGCCUCAGAAUUUGUUGGUAUCCAGAGAAGGUAAAAUAAAGAUCGCGGAUUUCGGCUUGGCGAAGACGUACGACUUCGAGAUGAGAUUGACCUCUGUGGUUGUGACGCAGUGGUAUCGUGCCCCGGAAGUACUUCUGGGCUGCUCUUACGCGACUCCGGUCGACAUUUGGUCCGUGGGUUGCAUUCUAGCGGAAUUAAGUAAACUGGAACCCUUGUUUCCUGGUACGAGCGAGGGUGACCAGCUCGAUAGGAUUUUUCAAGUAAUAGGAACCCCGUCGCAGGAAGAAUGGCCGGAAAAUGUGUCCCUCAGUUGGACAGCGUUUCCUUACAGGCAACCGAAACCUUUAGCGGCGAUAAUACCUGAUCUCAGUGAACACGGAUUAGAUGUAAUUAAAGGUAUGCUAAUGUUCGAUCCCCAUAGACGAUUGACCGCAGCUCAGGCCUUGAGACAUCGGUAUUUUGCCGAAGACGACUCGUGA